UUUAUGUUGACAUUAUGUAUCUGAAUAUUUAAACUUUUCAAUGUUUUUAAAGAAAUCGUGAUUACAAAAUUAAUUUAUUAUUUUGAUAAUUGUACAUUUUUCUAUUUUCUACUUCGAAUUUUAUUAGUGUACAUUUCCAUAUUACAUAUAAUUCAACUUUGCUUUUUACUUUUGUACAAGGUAAUGGGAAAAAUGUCCGAGGGUUCCAUUACAAGCAAAAUAACUUGUAAUAAACGUAAUAUAGGAAAUUCAUCUAAAAGAAUUCAAAGGAAAAAAAAGAAAAAUAAAAGAAAAACAAACAAGAAAAUCAAGAAGCUAUUUGAUAAUUUAAGACGAGACUCAAAUUCUUCUCAGGGAAGUGUCGGUACAGUUAAUAAUGAAACAAAUUCUUCACAUGGAAGUAUUAAUACAGUUAUAGAAAUUGUUAAUUGUAUUGAUGUACCAAAAGAAGAUAAACACAAACCAGCCAUAAUUGAAACUAUUAACAAAACUCCUAGUAAAGCUCAAAUAUGUAGAUCUGAUUUAAACAUAUGCCCAUUACAAUGCUCAACUCCAAAAAAUAAUAUAGUUAACCACAAUGAAAAUAUAGCUAACUUUCAUUCAGAUGUUUUAAGUUUAACUAAACAAAUAAAUGAUGAGUCCUAUAUAACUAUAGACUUAACAGAAAAUAGCACUAUAGAUGCUACUCAACCUACAGUUAUUGAUUUAGUAGAUGAUGCAAAGUCUAUAGACUCAAAUAUAUCUAUGAGUGGAGACUCCGAGGUGACUGUGGUGAAUGUAAUAUCUAGAAAAAGAAAUAAGAAUCAGAUGAAGAAAUUUGUUGAUGGCAUUGAGAAAAUGGAUUCGUCUGCUAAAGGAAAACUGUUAAAAUUCAUUGCUCAGAAGAUCUUUAGUGGCUGUGAUGGACCAAAGAGUUUACAUAGUUUUAGGAAUGGAAUUAAUCAGUCAAUUCAAUCAGCAGAAGAUGCUUUCAUAAAAGAAGUAAUACUUCACCAGGCUCCGUCCAGAAAUAGUAUUGGCAGUAACAUUUAUAAUCCUAGAAAAGAUAUUAAGAAUAAAACAGGUCUGCGUAUGAUUGUUAUAGAUGGAAGUAAUGUUGCUAUGCAACACACCAAGGGUAGAGUGUUUUCUGUACAAGGACUUAAAAUAUGUAUUGACUACUUUAUUAGAAGGGGACAUAUUGUCAAAUCGUUUGUGCCACAUUUUAGAUGUAAGCAAGGGAAAAGUACAGACGGUAGAUUAUUGGAUCAGAUGGAGAGACAGGGUUAUGUCGUGUAUACUCCUUCUCGGGAAAUACAGGGACGGAUGAUCACGUCAUAUGAUGAUAGAUACAUAGUGCAAUGUGCCGCAGAAUUUGAUGGCGUUAUUGUUUCUACAGACAAUUAUAGAGACCUAAUGUCAGAAAAUCCAAGAUGGCGAUAUAUCAUAGAGAAUAGACUCUUACAGUUCACGUGGGUUGACGACAUGAUAAUGUUUCCCAAGGAUCCUUUAGGCAGAAACGGGCCAACAUUGGAAAAGUUCUUACGACAUCCGUUACCAAUUGAAAUAAAUUAAAUUGUCAUAAAAUUGUAUUCUGUUCAAUGAAAAUUUAUGCAAAAUUUUGUUGUGUCAAGCCUAGUAUAUAUUUAUGUCUCUUGAAUUUUGUUCAGUACGGAGAUCCAGGUGGUGAAUUUUUUUGUGGGACUAUUUUCACUGAGACAGCUGAUUAUUUUCAUUCUCAUUUUUAAUUUCUACCCUUUGGUUGAAUUAUUUUCGCUUUGUCCAAGCUUUUAUUAUGAGUAACUAAGAACUUACUAACUUAAGAACUUUAAGCGCGAACAAACUUUUAAAAAUUAAACUGAAUUUAUUAAGUACAUACUGAUGUUCGUGAUUAUAGUAAUAAUUGUUUUACAAAAUCUUAGAAUUUUUUUAAAUUGUACGUUAAUUGAAAAAAAGUUACCGUAUAAUUUUCGGAUAUUUUGUUCGAAAAUUAAAAAAAAUAACGCAGUGCCAGAACAAAGAAUGUUAAGACUGAAAGUAUUUGAUACUUUUAUAUUUUUCUUGUCUUUGUUUAUACAUUUGGUCUUUCGUUUGUUAAGGUUAGAUUUUUUUUUAAAUAAUUUGAUUUUGCUUGAAGUUUAUUGUUUUUCAUCAAAUAUUUUUUGACGACACCAGCUCAAACUCUUAGCAGAACCACUGUUUACUGGAGAAAUCUGAGAUUGGGAUAAUGUUGCGUUUAGCUGAUUUUUGUUGAUUGAUUGAUUGUGUAAACUUAAACUUCAGUUUUAAUAUAUUUGAUACAAAAAUUAUUGUGAAUAUUAUAUUAAGGUAGUUGUUUCUAUUUUUAUAUACUUUAGAAAGCUGUAAACAUAAUUAAUAUAAAGUAAUUGUUGGUACUCAAUUAUUUUAAUUAACUGCAGUGGAAUUAAACCAAUCCCUGGAUGAGCGGAUUCAAUAAUUUAAUUUUUAUUGACAGAUAAAUAAGUGAUCAAUGUGUCAUCACUAAAUUAUCAACGAUCACCAGUCAUGAUAGGUUUAAUGAUUUUUGAGUUUAAUAAAAAUAGAAAAACUACAUAUUUUGUAUAGUUGUCUUUUAAAACAGCAGAAAUGUGUUGUUUCCGACAUAAGUUCGUGAAGUAAUUAUAAAAGAAGUCCUCUGUAUUUAUGAAAAUGACGUUAGCUCACGGUCACGUGACCAUUUCCAUACAAAUUCAAUUCGUGUCAACACUCAACAGGCCACCCUUUCGCAAAGUAUUUUUGCCUAGGGCACAAAAUUCCUUGUUUUGCACAAAGAUUCAAGAUCUUUUUAACAAUUGACAGAGAGGAUUAAUUUCAUAAUGCUUGUACGUAUAUAAUAGAGCCGCCUACGAACUGGCGUU